UGUGAUGGUUUGAUCCUACAGCGCAGGCGGGGAAUAGAGGGAAGAAACAACGAAGGCAGUUAAGGAGGAAAAAAGCCCUCUCCCGCUGGUGUACCAGAAAUCUGUGAAAUAACUUGUGUUCAGUCUUUGGUUCAAACCUAAAGUCAUCUUAUCGGCACUAACCGAAUGAAUUUGGGGACUAUCGCUGAUUUUUUUUCAUGGCAAGGUUAUAGGGCUUGUGGAUGGAGCUCCAUAGUGAAACCACCUGGAGACAGAGAGGCCUCAUUUACCAGCUGCAUAGCACCCAACAAGAGGAUGUACCCAUAGAAAAUGAUCGACACCCAUGUUGACCAUCAAGCUGAGGGAAGUUGAAGGAAUAAGACCCAACCAAAGGAAAAAGGGAGAAGACGUGGGGAAAGGAUAAAGGGACUGGGCACAACCCAACAUUAGACUUGUGACUUAUCAUUUCAACCAGAGAAGGACUGCCACACAAAUGUGGACCACCCAAAAAGUGUUCAAAUAAUAUCUUUGCAUCAAGAGGACAACAUCAAUAAUCUCUGCAAUGUCUGAAAACAAAGACAUAACGAGUCGCCACCUGCAGCACAAGCUGCAGAGCCUGGGGCGACGGCUGGACGAGCUUGAGGAGGCCACCAACAAGCUCCAGAAGUCUGAAGAUGAGCUGCUGGAUCUGCAGGACAAGAUCAUCCAGGCAGAGGGCAGCAACUCCUCCAUGCUGGGUGAUGUUGAGGCGCUGCGCAAGCGCCUGCUAAAGAUUGAAGGCAAGGACGAGGAGGUGUGCAAGGCAGAGUACCUCUGCCGUACGGUGCGGGAGAAACUGGAGGAGGAGGAGAGCUUGACCCAGGACCUUAAGUCUGAGAUUGAGCGCCUGCAGAGGAGGAUGGCUGAGCUGGAGAAGUUGGAAGAGGCCUUCGGCAAGAGCAAGUCGGACUGCAGCCAGCUGUGCCUCAGUCUCAACGAGGAGAAGAACCUGACCCGGAAACUGUCCUCUGAGCUGGAGGCCCUCAAGGCCCGUGUGAAGGAAGUGGACACGUCAGAGGUAAGGCUGGACCGGGCAGAGCUGUUCCUGGCAGGGGAGCUGGAGAAGCUCAAGGGCCUCACUCAGACUUUUGUGAGCGAGAGGAAGAGGCUCCUGGAGAAGCAAAAGGAGGAUGAGAAGCUUAUACUAAAACUGACAGAAAAGCUGGAGCAUCAGAAGAACAGGAUUGGCCCAGUAGAUCCCAGACGCACAGACUUGAGGGACCUCCGCAUUGAAGAUGACCUCUCAUCCGGCCUGACCAGCAAGCUGGGGCGCAAGAAGAGCCUGGACUACCUGAAACUGGGCGACGACUUUGGGCUAAGAAACAAGUCAGAGAACGAGAAGAAUAGCCUUGAUGGCCAGGAAGACAACAAAGUCAAGGAACUCACCCAGGAAGUGGAGAGGCUGAAGAACCGGCUGAAGCAACUGGAGCUGGUGGAGGAGGAUCUUAAGAACACAGAGUCCAAGAAUGGAGAGCUGCAGGAGAAGUUCCAACAGGAGAGAUCUCGUAGCCGAGCCCUCAACGAUCAGGUGGAGCAGCUUAGAAUGCAGCUGUGCGGAGGCAGCAGUCACGGCAAUGGAGGACCUAGCAGUCCAGCAAAGGUCCUUGAGAAUGGCAAGGCAGAGAAUGAGGAGAUCAAUGUCCGGGGUGGGUUCAGGCAGGACAAGCCCAAGUACAGGCCUGCUGCAGCUGCAGAGCCAGCCACCCCCAAGUACAAGAGCAGAGAGCUGUCCCCGCAGCACAAGAGGGAGACCAAGCUGAGGAGCAAAGAACUGAGCAACUCUGAGGAAUGUUCUCCAAAGUCUGUCAGGAGGGCACUCAGUCCUGCACACAAGAGCAGGAGAACACCCAAGACUGGAGCAACUGCCUCUGACAAUGGAGUGAAAGAAAUAGGCAGAGGGGUAGAGGAGAAAACAACAAGGGGAGCAGCCCAUACUCCUGUUAGCACAUCUUUGAGUGACAGCAAGAAGCUCUCUGUUCUUAGUCGCUACCCUCCAGCAGCUAAUGACCAGAAGCCAUGGAAGCCAUCUCAGAAACCAAGUGAGAGUGAAAGCAAAAAAAGCCAAGUGGAUACAUUUUCUAGAUUGUGUGUCGGUAGUGACAGUGAGUCGAACAAUUCUGAUGUGGUGCCUGAAAGUUCAAGCAAGAGCAACAGUGUCUCCCCACCUGAAAAGGAUGCAUUUGCGUCUGACCUGGAGUCUGUGGACCAGGUUCAAGAUGCUUUUCCUGUGUCAAACCUCUCCAAAGCCAAUGGGUCAUACACUGCCUACAAGUCCCACGUGUCCCCGAUUGUCAGUGAUCAUGGCUCUGAGGGCCACUCCUCGGCCUCUGAGACUGAAUCACCUGGGUCCAGGCCCUCGGCACCAGAACCUGUGCCCGAGGUGGCAGAAUUGAGCAGCAGAACCUCCACCACUCCCACGUGCUCCAGAUACUCUCGCGUUCAGUCAGAGGGCUCCUCCACCAGGAGCUCGAUUGACGAGGAGCAGCACAGUCUGUUGGUGGCAGAAGGAGGAUCCCUGGAGCACACUCACACCCCAUCAGGUAUAGAGCUCCGCAGGGUCUGCAGCCCACGGGAAGCCCUGAGGUCAAAGGCAGUCAUCAAGCCAGCCAUCGUGGAAAUUGAUAGGAAGGAAGUCAUGAUAUCUGGAGGUGGGGCAGAGCCCUUGACCUCCAAUGGCAAGCCCAAAAUCUCCACGAAACCCGUCCUGACCACCAGCAAGAUGACCAGCAGCAUCACUAUCUACCCCAACGAUCCCAACUCAUCCAGGACCAGCAGCCGCAGCAGCAGUGUAUCCAGCGAGCCACCAGUCAAGGAACGCCAUAUGUCCACCAGCAACAUUGUCAUCGGCCCCAGUGAGCACAGGGGGAGCAUCUCCAUCCCCUAUGAGAUCUCCAUCCCCAAGAGAGAGAUCACACCCCGACCAUCCAUGGAUGGCCCUGACGAAGCAGAUCAACCAGGGGUGCUAGGGAUAGCCCGUGCGGAGACGCACCUACUCUCCCAAAGCAGCUUCAGCCUCCAGUCACUGGAGACCACCUCCGACUUCAACAACGACAUAGAGUCGGGUUUCGAGAGCAGCAGUAGCAGCACUACCACCGUCACCAGCUGGAGGAGCCACCACCACGGCCACCACACCUCCCAGGACGACAGCCUCCCAGAGAUGAGAAACGUGACGGUGCGAAGCACCUGGAGGAACAGGGGGGCGGCAUCCGUGGACGAGCCUGGCCGGGGGGCCAGGAUGGACGGGAUGGUCUCUGAGGACGAGGCAGAGUCGGCUACCACAUGGAGGGCUUACCGCGCCACAACGGUCCUGGACACGGAGGAGACGGUAAACGCCACAAGGGCUGCUACAUCCCGGACAGCCAAGCCUUCCCCAGCAGAGCUGUACAUGCGCAGGAUCAACAACAGUGUGGUGACCACCAGGGACAUCGCAGAGCCAGUGUGCCGGAGCAAGAGCUCCCUGUCGCCCACUGAGGGAGGUCUGCAGAGGAGUAUCCCCCACCAGCCCGUCAGCUCUCAGAAGCUUGUUCCCUGGCGGACACAACCAAUGGCCGCUGACGACAUGGACCCCAACCCUGGGUCAUGGAGGACAAGGCCGGCGCCCGGUGACCUGGAUCCCUAUGAGAGGGAGCGAGAGAGGAGUACCAGGCCAGACGUAGGGUCCAGCAGAGGGACUGGGACCACAGCUUCCAGACCAGCGCUCUUGUCCAAUAGGGGUCAGGCUGGCCGGGUGGAGGGGAAGACCGGGCGCGGCAAUCGACCGUUGAGCAAUCGUCAGACAGACGACUAAACCGGCCAACCGUCUUAGUCACUCGCUUCAUAAUGUCCAGAGCUCUCCAUCCCCCCAAACUGCACAACAAGGAGGAAUGUACUGCAUCUCACAUCUCUAACCCCCCC